AUGGACCACAUCUCUUUAUGCACCGAAUUGCACAGAUGUCUCACGACGCAGGAUGAGCAAGAGCUUGUGCAACUAAGCAAGCUUGCACAAGACAAAAAGGAUUUAUCCGCCACUUACCUUUCUAUUCACAACCGUUCUCUAGCUGAUUCUAUCGUUUUCUAUCUGCCCAGGGGACAUAUCCAGCUCCUUAUGACCCUAGUGUGGAGCAUGAACACCGCGGCACGAGUCCGCACCAUUCAUGCGGGUAUCGUAGAUAACAUUAAUCCGCCCUCCUUGAUCGAUACCAUUAUUCUAUCGCCUACAGUAAGUGAUUCUGCGGGGAAUAAUGAAUGGCAUACAAUCUGCAAGGAGUACAGUACCACCUACAAGACUCAGCUCCCAGCCACGCUCAACAUAGUUCUUUCGAAGCUUCCGUCCCUCUGGGCGAAACUUUGCCUCCUGUGGAUAGAGUCACAGAAGCUGCGGAGCACUGACCCUGAAGCUGACGCUAACAAGCUCCUUGUUGCUCUUCGGACGAAGGAUAUAGAUGCAAUAGCCUUCAUAAUAGGGACCGCAGACCCCAGCACCUGGCAAUUUACUUUGAAUGCGUUCGAGCGCCAGGCUGGAGACACCCUCAUGUCGGUUCUUAGCAACACCCUCAGGCGGCACGAUCUUGUUGCUUGCCAGCUAGCAUCUCAAGCAUUGCUAGGCCAGGCCGAGGCGGCUGCUCUCUUGAUAUACAGGGCUGUUGCAGACUAUGGAGACCACGAUAGACUCAUACGUGUUACAGCCUUCUGCUAUGAUAGAGUGAAGGAUAUAGGAGAACACUACAAAAGGUAUGGAGACAUUGGAAGCGAUAUAAGACGUGUAUUCCGCGAGCCAGUUGCGCGCGCAUGCGCUACUUUGUGGGGCAUCCCUUCCCUGUGCCCAUAA